AUGGCUGAUGUUACUGCACCAUCUUUGGUCUCUUUAAACUCACAAAAGGUAGGUAGUAAGUUCACGUUAGAACGUGUAGAAGAGCCGGAUGUGCUGGAGACACCACUUCCUCAACCAAAUGCUCAACAGCUUUGGGGACGCUGCAGGUAUCUCAUUUUACUUCUGGCCGUUUUUUGCUUCACGGCUGCCCGGUCAAAUGAUCUUGUCUUUGCUUUCACCAUCAUUUGUAUGACAAAUAACAAUUCGGAGAGUGGUGCAUUAACAAUUCCAUUCGCUCCUCAAGAUUUAUCAUUAUCCUUUGCUGGCGCUGGCGCUGGCGCCAUCAUUGCUGCUUUACCUUUGGCAUUUCUCCUUCAGAUUUUUGGUGGAAGAAUGGUGAUGAGUGUACUGCUACUUCUCUCAGCCAUCGGAACAUGCUUCAUUCCAUAUGCUGCAACUUUUGCACUUGAACAUGCUCUACCGAUUUCCACCCUGAUAUUCCCAUUACGAAUAAUUCAAGGAAUCGGAGUUGCUUCCGUCAUGCCAAUGAUGGGUUUUGUGAGUGCUCAUUGGGCUCCAGUAACCGAAAUAGGAAAGUUUGUUACGAUACUAUCCAGUGCCAGUCAGCUAUCACAAAUCGUAACAAUGCCGGCUUCUGCUCAUUUAUGUGUAACAACUGGAUGGCCGUGGGCAUACUAUCUACACGGGAUCAUUGCCAUUUCAGGAGCUCUCUUGUUCCUUAUAAUGUUCAGAAAUUCACCAAACAAGCAUCCCUGUGUAUCAGAGAGUGAAUUAACAAAAAUCACCAAUGGAGUUCAACACCGGAAACGAAAAGAUCAAUGCAUUCCGUACCGCUCAAUAGCCACAAGCAAACCCAUUUGGGCUGUUUGGUUGGCUUUUCUGGGGAAUUCUUUCGGCUUCCAACUGAUUGUUCAAUUUAUGCCAACUUAUUUGAACAAAGUGCUCCAAGUACCAAUAGAGCGCACAGGAUUUUCGGCCGUUCUUCCGCCCAUAACUCAACUUCUUAUCAAAAUAUUGGCCGGCUACUGUAGUGACAAAAUCACAUUCUUGGCAGAACGACGCAAGUUACAAGUUUUCAAUACAAUUGCAAUGUGCGGAUGUGCACUGUUUCUCCUACCUCUUGGCUUUUUGGAUCGAUCUCAGGCUUCACUAGCGAUUGUUUGCUUCUCAAGCUCUAUAUCUUGUCUGGGUUUGGUGACGUGCGGGUCAAUGAAAAGUGCGACUAUGGUUGCCAGACAGUAUAGUCAUUUCGUCAUGUCCAUUGUUCAGUUUGUGGUAUGUAUCGGAAUGUUAGGUGUUCCAUUUUUGGUAUCAACCCUGGCCCCCAAUAAUACUAUCGAAGAAUGGAGGAACGUUGUUCUUUUGGUCGGAAUGAUUUUGUCCGUCUGUAAUCUCGGAUUCUGCCUUCUCUGCGAUUCUGAGCCAGCCAAAUGGACGAUCGACAACAUUCGCAUUCCAAGUACCAAAAACAUUCCUCUUCUCUCAGACGAUCCACAAGCAACUGUUGCGACUAUUGCCGAACUCGCCUAA